AGUUUAUUCCUAGCUUUCCAAGAUGUACCAAGUGUUUCCUUUCCUCGUCGCUGCGAAUUUCGCCCUGCCGAAGCUCCGUCUGCCGGUGGAGAUGUGGUCCACCAUUUUUCGGUUCUUGGACCCUUCAUCUCUCUUGAACGUGGUUCGAACUGACGGCCUGUGGAGGGAAGUCAGUCACGGAGAUCCAGUCUUGCGAAGAACAAUUCAGGAAGAAUUGGUUGCCGAACGUCAGAGACAACGAGACGAGAUUUUGAAUCCGGGUUUGCUGAUGACGAUUGAGCGCCAAGGACCAACGAAACAGUUUGGCACCAAUGGCACGAAAACUGUUCGUUGUAGAGCUCCAACCGUGGUCCAACAACCCCCCGCCGAAUUUUUACGACCCGUUGAAGAAAAAACCAAAAAAAAGCGACCAGCACGAACUGGGAAAAAUGUUCGGACUCAAUCUCCUAAGCUGUUAAGACUGUAGAUACUUUUG